CGCCUCUCCCCGAGUUUGUGGAAGGUCAGGGGGGGCCGCGCAGCGUCGGGAAGGCCUGGGAGCGGUGCUGGGGGUUGCUUCGGAGUUGGCGACGGGCAGGAGGGCAGGGCAGGACCCGAUGGCUCGUCCGAGGCCCCGCGAAUACAAAGCUGGAGAUCUGGUUUUCGCCAAAAUGAAAGGCUACCCGCACUGGCCGGCCAGGAUUGACGAACUCCCCGAGGGAGCCGUGAAGCCCCCUGCAAAUAAGUACCCCAUCUUCUUUUUCGGGACUCAUGAAACUGCAUUUCUGGGGCCUAAAGAUCUCUUCCCAUAUAAAGAAUAUAAAGACAAGUUUGGGAAAUCGAACAAACGAAAAGGAUUUAACGAAGGCCUGUGGGAAAUCGAAAACAACCCCGGUGUCAAGUUUACUGGAUACCAGGCAAUUCAGCAGCAAAGUUCAUCAGAAACUGAGGGGGAAGGAGGGAAUACGGCAGACGCCAGCAGCGAGGAGGAAGGUGACCGGGUAGAAGAGGACGGGAAAGGCAAAAGAAAGAACGAAAAAGCGGGCUCAAAACGGAAAAAAUCCUACACUUCGAAGAAAUCUUCCAAGCAGUCACGGAAAUCUCCUGCAGAUGAAGAUGACAAGGACUGCAAAGAGGAAGAAAACAAGAGCAGCUCCGAUGCUGGGGAAGCAGGAAACGACACAAGAAACACCUCUUCAGACUCGCAGAAAACUAGUGAAGGGACUUAACCAACAUAUUGACUGCUGCAUAUUAAGGGAAGACACAAGAA